CAAGAUGGCGGAAAACAUGGAAAUCACUCCCAGUGUUGAAGUUAAAAUGAACGGUGAAGCCAAACCAAGUGAGGAUGCUAAACACAUCAAGCCUGAAGAUAUGACUUCCAGGGACUACUAUUUUGAUUCUUAUGCUCAUUUUGGAAUUCAUGAGGAAAUGUUGAAAGAUGAAGUGCGAACUUUGACGUAUCGUAAUGCUAUGUAUCACAAUAGGCAUUUGUUCAAAGACAAAGUCGUCUUGGAUGUAGGUUGUGGUACGGGUAUAAUGUCCAUGUUUGCGGCAAAAGCUGGAGCAAGCAAAGUUAUUGGGAUUGAAUGUUCCAGCAUUGUGGACUUAGCUGAACAGAUUAUUAAAGAUAACGGUCUGAGUGACACUAUAACUAUAGUGAGGGGUAAAGUAGAAGAAGUUGAACUACCUGUAGAGAAAGUAGAUAUCAUAGUCAGUGAAUGGAUGGGAUAUUGUCUGUUUUAUGAAUCCAUGUUGCAGACUGUUCUCUUUGCUAGAGAUAAGUGGCUGGCAGAGGAUGGGCUGAUAUUUCCAGACAGAGCUACACUGUAUGUGUGUGGGAUAGAGGAUAGGCAGUAUAAAGAUGAAAAAAUCAAUUGGUGGGAUAGUGUGUACGGAUUUGACAUGAAAUGUAUACGUAAAGUGGCAAUAUCAGAACCACUAGUAGAUGUUGUCGAUCCUAAACAAGUCAUAACGAAUUCUUGUCUUAUCAAGGAAAUAGAUAUGUAUACCGUAAAGGUUGAUGACUUGUCAUUCACUGCACCUUAUCACCUGCAGUGUCGUCGUAGCGACUACAUCCAAGCUUUAGUAGCAUUCUUCAAUAUUGAAUUCACAAAAUGCCACAAAAGAACUGGUUUCUCGACAGCUCCAGAAGCCCCUUACACACAUUGGAAACAGACUGUAUUUUAUUUUAAUGAUUGUUUGACAGUUAAACGUGGGGAGGAAAUUUUUGGUUCCAUUGCUAUGAAACCAAAUGCAAAAAACACAAGAGAUUUGGACUUCAAUGUUGAUAUCGAAUUCAGUGGUGAACUCUGUCAGUUUUCUGAUCAACUCAAGUAUCACAUGCGUUAAGAAUCAACCUAGAAAACCAGCUACAGUACUCCUUUCAUCCCUCCCUUCACCCCUCCCCCUCCCCUCACCUACUAUGCAUAUAUGCAUAUACACAGCUGGUCUAUUAUGAACAUUUUUGUACCAAUGUGAAGUAAAGUUAUUAGUAAUGGGCUUCACUAACACAGUCCAGCGACAUCCAACCAUUAAUCAUGAAUUUUUAUGUGCCACUGGAUUUUAUUAGAAUUAUCAAAAAUAAUAGAAUUGCAACUAUGAUAUCGUUGUAAUUGUCUACAUCAUGUUAAAUUAAUUCCUAAAAAAAAAGUUGAAAGGGAAUUCAUUGUGUCCUUUCGUGAAGAGUUAUUUGUUGCGAUCUUUUGAGUCUUUGUCCUAGCCGACAAUAAACUUGUAGCAGCCUUAUUUUUUCACAUUCCUGAAGGACUUUCCCAUUGUUUUAAGAGGCUCAGAUUUUGUAAAAAUCGAUGUAUGUCUGCUUGGAUUUGACUUCAUUUACAAUGCAUUUCAGAUUCAUGUUGGCCAUCUUGGAUUUUUUGUUGUUGGCCAUUUUGGAUUUGUUAUCAGCCAUCUUGGAUUUACUUCAGCCUUAUUAAAUUUCAGAUGUGAUCUAUUUUAACUGUCAUGAUUGUAGAUUUUUCUGUUUUCAACCAUCACAGGCUUGGUGGUAUCGAAUCAGUUGGCCAUUUUGAAUGUAUCUCUCACUGAUGUGUUUGUAACCAAUUCUUGCAAGCCAGCUAACAUCGUAUUAUUAGAAGAUAAGUUCUAUUUAUUGAAUGUCAAAUAGUUCUGUGUACAUAAUACAACAUUUGACUGGAUUUGAAAAGGUAGACUGCCAUGUAGACUAUUCACAGAUACAUUUACAGAGAGUUCUGCUGCAUAUAUGAUUAUUUGCAUUAUUUAAAUACUAAAAUAAUGAUGUAAUGUUUUCCCUGUUAAUUCAAUCUUAGUCUUACAGUACUGUUGAAGUCAGAUGGCAUACAUUCAAUAGUUGUUUGAACUACAUGGGACAGCAUGCAACUAAUAAAUGUUGAAAUUAUUUUCUCAAAGCUCAGUAAAAAGGUUCUGUCAUAACCUGUGGUCUUGCAAGCUACAGUUCAGAGGACAAAUAAACGUAAUUUAAAUCUUGGCUUUCUACACAACGACUGAAAUUUGUCUCAAUUGUGUUUGUUUACAACAUGUAUGAUUAUCUAUUGACUAAGUCAAGUCUUGUCUGAUUGGUCAUUGACAAUGUUAAUGUUCUUUUAUUGUGAUUAACUGAAACACCUUAACAUACUUGAAAAAAAGUUGUCUGCCAACAACACAUUGUUUGGUUAAUAGAUUUGAAAGUUUUAUAUCAACCUUCCCGUUAAUUUAUGUGCAACCCACAAAGGUUACACAUCUGGUACUUUCAAUUCUAAUUUCUCUCUUUUUUCCCCCCAAAUUUCAAAAAGGUAUAUCAGAAAUUAUUGCAGUAUAGUUGAUUGCUGCCAGAAAGUAUCAUUUAUGUGACUUAAAAAUCUAAAAAAAACAAAACUUUGAAUCUUGUUGGUAAAAAGUCGUCUUUAAAGAUAUUUUUCAAAUAAAACUUUGGUUUCACUUGUAAUGUCUGCCGUUUGUAUUUUACUUUUUAUUAGCGGCUUCCAUGUAUUUUUUCUCCCUUUUUUAUAACGGGAAAACUCUUUGUCAGUUAUAUGCCUACAUUUCAUGUCAUAACCACUUUCACUUCACUCCAAUACAAGACUCUAUAUCAGUAAAUACAAGCAUCAUCAAGGCUUUAUGCACAUUUUUUUUUACCUUUGUAGAAACUAGAAUCCUAAAUGCAUGAUUUAAAAAAAGACCACAUAAACAGUGUAAUUCUAGUUGUGAUUUAAGCAUGUUUAUUUUCCCGAUAUUCUGGACCGCCCUUCCCUUUUUAUGACAGCCAUCACUACUGUGAAGGACAAUUCACAAGUUGGCCAUCUUCACACAAAUUUAUUAGCCCCUCCCCCUUCCUCACUUGUCUUUAAUCUGUGUAAAAUUGGUUUAGAACAUACAGGGAGUGAUGUAUUACAGUGGCUGCUGCAUAUAUCUUGUAUUUUGUCAUAGUAAUGUAACAAUUCUUUGUGUAUUAAAAUAUUAGAAAAGG